CAUCGGAGCACCAGCUCAUCCAGUGUCAUGGACGUAGUCAUCCUCGUGGGUGCAAAUGGCAUUCGUCAGUCAUCUCUCAUCAGACGUUGGAUCUAUUUUUCAGUUGUUCCCACGGUUGCCAGGGACCGCAGUGUCCAUAGCCGGUCCUCAAACAGCACCAUGGCCGCCCACGAGGAAUCCAGGAACGGCAGCUCCCCCCGGCCCCCGGAGCCCCCCAAGGAGAGCAUGCAGCUCAAGAAGGAGAUCUCGCUGCUCAACGGGGUCUGCCUGAUCGUGGGUAACAUGAUCGGCUCUGGCAUCUUCGUGUCCCCAAAGGGCGUGCUGAUCUACAGCUCCUCCUACGGGCUGUCGCUGCUCAUCUGGGCCAUCGGGGGCCUGUUCUCUGUGGUGGGGGCCCUCUGCUACGCCGAGCUGGGCACCACCAUCACCAAGUCGGGGGCGUCGUACGCGUACAUCCUGGAGUCCUUCGGCGGCUUCAUCGCAUUCAUCCGCCUGUGGACGUCACUGCUGAUCAUCGAGCCCACGAGUCAGGCCGUCAUCGCCAUCACGUUUGCCAACUACCUGGUGCAGCCGCUCUACCCCACGUGCGAGCCACCAUACGCGGCUGGCAGGCUCAUCGCCGCAGCAUGCAUAUGCUUACUGACAUUCAUCAACUCCGCCUACGUAAAGUGGGGCACCCGCGUGCAGGACGUUUUCACCUACGCCAAGGUGGCAGCCCUCAUCGUCAUCAUCAUCACCGGCAUCGUCAAGAUGUGCAAAGGUUACACUGCCAACUUCGAGUCGUCCUUCCAGGGCUCGUCCACAGACCCCGGGGACAUUGCGCUGGCACUCUACUCCGCCCUCUUCUCCUAUUCCGGCUGGGACACCCUCAACUUUGUCACAGAGGAGAUCAAAAACCCAGAGAGGAACCUGCCCCUGGCCAUUGCCAUCUCCAUGCCCAUCGUUACCGUCAUCUACAUCCUCACCAACGUGGCCUACUACGCCGUUCUGGAUGUUAGCGCCAUACUGGCCAGUGACGCGGUGGCAGUGACGUUUGCAGAUCGCACCCUUGGCGUGAUGAGCUGGACCAUCCCCAUCGCUGUGGCUCUGUCCUGCUACGGAGGCCUUAACGCCUCCAUUAUAGCUGCAUCCAGGCUGUUCUUCGUGGGCUCCCGUGAGGGUCACCUUCCAGACGCUCUGUCCAUGAUCCACAUCCAGAGAUUCACCCCGAUCCCGGCUCUGAUCUUCAAUUGUGUCAUGUCGCUGAUCUACCUGACAGUGGAAGACGUCUUCCAGCUCAUCAACUACUACAGCUUCAGCUACUGGUUCUUCAUGGGCCUCUCCAUCGCCGGCCAGAUCUACCUCCGCUGGAAAGAGCCGGACCGACCCAGACCUCUCAAGCUGUCUCUGUUCUACCCGGUGGUGUUCUGCCUGUGCACUGUUUUCCUGGUGGCCGUCCCGCUCUACAGCGACACCGUCAACUCCCUGAUCGGCAUUGCCAUCGCACUGUCGGGGGUCCCCGUCUACUUCCUGGGCAUCCACCUGCCAGAGUCCAAACGGCCGCCCGUCAUCACCAAGAUACUGCGCUCUCUCACUCACACCACCCAGUUCACCUGCUACUGCGUUCUAACAGAGACGGACAAGAGUGAGUAGCGUGGAUCCAGCAUUCUCUUCAGGAAUCUUCUUUGACGAGGGAGGGAAAAAGCAUUUUGUCUCUCGGAGUCCACUGACUUGUUUACAACUGAAAGUGCUGCCGCUCUCAGAAUCGAUCCCGGGAUUCAUGAACUUUCAAAGACUCCGGCUGCUCUGCACACUGUGACACUUUGAGAUUCUUCAGUGACCCCUCCCUUGUUAGGGCCGCAGGUCAUUUGCAUACAAGCCUUUAAGCAGUACGUGCCUGUGAGAUCUUACAGGGACCGGGUAAUGAUGAAAGUCCAUUGUUUAUCGUCUGGAUCAAAAUCCAUUUCAGCUGAAAGACGUUGUGUGCGAAUGUGCCGACAAUUAAAGGUUUGCUUAAAAAAUUUAAAAAAGGGAAUAUAUAUUUUGUCUGCUAUGUGAAGACUUUAAGUCAUCGUCUUAAUAUGUUAUUGUCCGGUAGUUUCUUUCUAUUUGCAGGUGGGUUAACCGUGUGCUGAAUCCACUCCACUGGCCUUCCUGUUCUUUGAGUUUGCUUCAAUCUGCGUGACAAUUAAUAAAUAUCUAAUUCUCCACAAUGUUCAGUCAUCUGAUGUGGAUUUGGAUUUGAGUUUUCCCCUGCUGUGGUAUUGGUCCAGUGGUCCGACCGUCUAGUGACAUGUUGCAUAAAUCAUCGCUGGUUGUUGGAUUUAUUGUUUAACCAGCACAAAGCAUUUUUGGUUGAAAAAAGAUGCAAUAAUCGUCACUGUGCACUCAGUGUCUGAUUUAAUAUGAACAUACUUAUUGAAUAUUUAUUAAAUAACUAUUUUUAAGGGA